GAACCCUGUUGGAACAAGGGCGAUGUUCCACAAAGGGGACCAAAUGAAACGCAGUCAGCUCAAAGAUCUGUUUCGAAUAUGUUCCCAAUGAAAGAAUGUAUGAUGCCUCAAUGAAGCUAAAAGUCCUGGUAUUGGUGUCUUGGGGAUUGGCUUGGUCUGUGACCGGAACCGGAAAUGAACGUCUAAGCCAGCAAGAUUUCCAUGGUUUAGCUAGAACCCCCCAAGAAUCGAAAAUCCGAUCAGAAGGACCACCUUGCUUUCAACCGGAAAGUAUUGCCCAUGGGGUGACGGAUUGGGACGGCAAGUCUUCCAUCUCGCGUUAUGCCUGCUUCCAGGGUUACCACUUGGUAGGACCACCCACGGUUGAAUGUCGAUAUGGACGGUGGUAUUCCGAGCAUGAGGGAGUCACCACGCCUACUUGCAAGCCAAUUACGUGCAAUCAUCCCCAUAUAAUCAACGGCCGAUUGGAAACGGGCGAGAGCGUUCGUUAUCGUUCAGGCGAGGAAGCUCAGGUCCUUUGCGAUGAAGGUUACCAAUUGAGGACCCCAUCUUUGACGGCCAAGAUUAUUUGUAAGGAAGAUGGCAGCUGGGACUCAUCGGAUCAUUCCCAGUUUCCAUCUUGUAGAGAAAAGGGAUGCCCAUUUCCUGACAGCUCCAUCCCAGCCAUCGAGAAUGGAAGUCUUGAAAUCAACGGGAUGCGUAUCGGGCAGAAUGGUCUCUAUAAACCGGGUUCAGUGGCUCUCUAUCAUUGCAAGCCUUCCUAUCUACUGGUUCCCUUAUCGGCUGGGAAACGUGUAUGUACCCGGGGGAAGUGGGGCGGGGCCUUGCCGGCUUGCAUCUCGGAGGCCCAAUCAUCCUUGGUUAGGGAGUACUGCCCAGCUCCGCCCUCCAUCAAUAAUGGGUACUACUACACGGACCGGGGAUCCGAAACGCCCUUAGCUUUGCCCAAGGCAUCUUCUAGAAUGAAUCAGUACGAAAGAGGCAACAUCGCCCGGUAUCAUUGCAAGGAAGGGUACACGUUGAAGAGCUUUCAAGGAAAGGAUAUCUACCGAUGCAUGUCGGAUGGGGAGUGGUCGCCCAAAGUCCCACCCGUUUGCAUGGGCAUCGAUGUCAGCAACACCAACGACCCUUUGGAACAAGUCAUGUGUCCCAGCCCUCCGUUGAUACCUUAUACUGAUUUCGAAAGAAUAGAGGGAUGGCUCACCUCCAAUGGUGCCAUCCAUGGAACAGUCUUAGAAUACAGUUGCAGGGUGGGUUACCGGGAUUCCCGAACACCCUGUCUACCGACCAGACGGACCUGUCAUGCUGGUCAAUGGAUAGGAAGGAAGCCCACGUGUGUCCCGUUUGACUAUUGCGAAAGACCUCCCAUCAUCAGCCAUGGCUUCAUGACCUCGAAUCCUGAUGACGCCUAUCAUGUGCUCUCUGAGGUGCUCUACCAAUGUCAUUUCGGCUACAGAAUGAAGGGAUCCAAGCUUUUGAAAUGCCAUGCGACCGGUUGCUGGAUGCCCAACGAACUUCCGGAAUGUGUUAGAGAAGACCUUUAUGACCCAGGAUGGAACACGUCAGACGGUUCAGAGAUGCCCCUGAUCCCCAUCCUAGUGUCCAUUUCCAUCGCUUGCUCCGGGAUUGCCGUCAUGACAACAAUUUGUAUGGUCAUUCUUUGCCGGAGGAAAGGAGGGCACGCCCCUUCUCCAUCUGGUCCCGCCCAUUGGUCAACAACAGUAACAGUCACUCCAGAAUGCUCUCGUCAACGAGAGACUCUUCGUAAUCGACAAGAGCAAGAUCGAAUGGCUUUGAUCGCUUUUGCCGAUGGGGUCCAACAAGUAACCCUGCCGAGCUACGAGGAAGCUCUUCGAGACUCGGCUGGCGUACCACAUUACAUUCCACAUUUGAUUCAUAAUGAGUACGAUAAUCCUUUAACAACAACCUCAACCAUCACAGCUCAGGCCGGAGGGAACGGGUCCAUGAACUCUGGUUAUCGACAUCUCGGGAUCUCGACCACAACAACAAGGAACAGUCGAGGAACCAAUGGUCAUCAUACUCGAAGGACCAGGCAACAUCCUAGUGGCGGUAGCAAUCACCGAUUUGAUAACUUGGAUGCAUUGUCACAACACUCAGUUCACGCCUGGCCCCCGCGCUCCUCCACUGGAGGACACCACAGAAGAAGACGAGAGAAUGAUGCCUUGAGCGACUCCGUCUCACACCAUUCCGUUAACCUAUGGCCAAGAAGCGGUGGCCACCAGUUACAACAUCAACCCACCAGCCUCCGAUCGUCGUCUGGAGGAUCAGCUUCGGCGUCCAUUGAAACUAUGGGAGGGUAUAGCUCAGAAAACACUCAAACGCAAACAACUUUAGCCAACGGUGAAACAUUCUCAAAUUCAACCAGUACCAGUCAAACCCCAUCUUGUCGAGCCUUGGCGGGCUCAUUGGCAUCUUUUGAUACCUCUUCGAUCGUCAACACUGAAGGUGUUCCAUUACUAGAAGAGCAUGAAUUGGAAACGGAAGCGAGUAACUCUACCGUAUCAGCAGGAGACACGGGAAGCGCCACCUACAGUGAGACCAGUUCCAAACACUGAUACCUCUUUGAAUUGUGUGCUGCAAGAGUUCUUUUUUUUCUGCUCAUUAAAAACAUUCGCAAAAUUGUUUUAUUAGCCCAAA